ACUGCGGACUUCUCCCUGGGGCUAACUGGGGUCGCUUCGGCAACAUCAUCGAGAAUAACAAUAGGCUUCAAUGGCUUCAUAAUCACGAGCGUGUCGAUGCGACGGCAACCUCGUGAGCUUGGUCCCGUGAGCGGCCGUAUGACCACAUUGACCACGUUUGACGAAUCGACCUGUGGGAGGCAUUGUCGAUUUGUCGCGUAAGCGUUCCGCUCGCAAGCGAGAAGAUCGCGUGCGUUUCCGAGAACCGCGGCACGGUAUAAGUACUAUAAGUACGAAAACUGCGACCGCGGCUAGCUCAAUCAGCUGGCUCAAUUAAAUGGAACGCGGCGAUAACGCGGCGCGAAAGGAUAUCCUCCCGGCGGCCGCGAACGCCAAAUAGUUUUUAUCUUAGCGGCCGGGUAAAUAUUUAUCGUCGCGCUAAACAGCAAGCGGGCGUUUGAUCGGCCGCCGCCGACAAAGUUCCUCAGCGCGCUAUAAAUGCCGUUUAUAACCUCGCUUGGGACUAAUUGUCAGAUGGACUUGGCUCUAACCACUUGGGUACUUUUUUUUUCGCAAAUUAGUGUGACCACGCUGUGCGGGCAACAUGAAGUUCGCGGAGCAUCUGUCAGCCCACAUUACGCCCGAGUGGCGUAAGCAGUAUAUUAGCUACGAGGAGAUGAAAGCGAUGCUUUACACGGCGGUCGAAGAAGCGCCCUCGGACGAAAGCGUAGAGCCAGAAGUGAUAUCACGCCACUUUGCGUCGUUUGACGAGGUGUUUUUUACAUUCUGCGAUCGCGAAUUAAAGAAAAUCAAUACGUUUUACUCAGAAAAAUUGGCAGAAGCAACGCGUAAGUAUGCAGCUUUGCAAAGUGAGUUGAAGACUGCAGUGGAGCUGCAGCGGGGAAGCGGGAAGAACAAAGGAAAGGCUAGCGCAAAACCACUUCUGCCUACCAGAAAGCUUAGAGACCUAAAACUCGCAUUUUCAGAAUUUUACCUUUCCCUGAUUCUUCUUCAGAACUAUCAGAACCUUAAUCACACUGGAUUCCGAAAGAUUCUCAAGAAGCACGACAAGUUACUGUCAGUUGACGCCGGUUCAAAAUGGAGAGUCGAGUGUGUGGAGACGUCACACUUCUACACGUCCAAAGAUAUAGACAAAUUGAUUCAGGAAACGGAAGCUAUGGUGACGAACGAUCUCGAGGGCGGCGAUCGGCAGCGCGCUAUGAAACGUCUUCGGGUGCCACCGCUUGGCGAGCAUCAGAGUCCAUGGACUACCUUCAAAGUUGGUUUAUUCUCGGGUAGCUUUAUCGUUCUAUCUGUCGCAGUUGUUCUCUCAGCCGUCUUUCACGACAGCGGAGAGAACCUCAAGAUCGCAUUUAGAUUAUAUCGAGGUCCUUUUCUUAUUAUUGAAUUUCUAUUCCUUAUUGGGAUUAAUGUCUACGGAUGGAGAUCUUCCGGUGUCAAUCACGUUUUGAUAUUCGAGCUGGACCCGCGAAAUCAUCUUUCGGAGCAGCAUCUUAUGGAAUUGGCCGCAGUCCUCGGCGUCGUCUGGACGCUUAGCUUAUUAAGUUUCUUGUACAGUGCCAGCCUAAGCAUACCACCGUAUGUGAAUCCAUUGGCACUCGUCUGCAUCAUGCUGGUCUUUCUAUUGAACCCGGUUAAGAUGUUUCGUCACGAAGCUCGUUUCUGGUUGCUCAAAAUCAUAGGACGCGUUUUAAUAUCGCCAUUCGCGUACGUCAAUUUUGCUGACUUCUGGCUGGCGGACCAGUUCAACAGUUUGGCGACUGCGUUCUUGGACUUUCACUUUUUAAUAUGCUUCUACAUUACAAACGGCGAUUGGUUGAAGGCGGGCGACACUGUGCAAUGCAUGUCUGGCUCUCUCGUGAUCAGACCUAUUGUGAAUUGCUUACCGGCGUGGUUUCGCUUCGCGCAAUGCGUCCGUAGAUAUCGAGACUCUAAAGAGGCCUUUCCGCAUUUAGUGAAUGCUGGGAAGUAUUCUACGACGUUUCUCGUUGUCGCCGCCAAUACUUUAUACGCUUAUCACGCAGCGGAAUAUAAUAAUCGAUGGGAGAAUCCAUGGUUGUGGCUAUGGGUGUGUAGCUGCCUUAUUAAUUCGAUAUAUUCGUACACGUGGGACCUUAAGAUGGAUUGGGGCCUUUUAGACAGCAACGCCGGUGAAAAUCGUUUUUUGCGCGAGGAAGUGGUUUAUUCGGCAGCCUGGUUUUAUUAUUUCGCAAUAAUAGAAGAUUUUGUACUACGAUUUAUAUGGAUUGCGAGUGUUGUCCUCGUUGAAUGCGGAUAUAUCUCUGGCGAUUUAAUGACUUCUAUAGUAGCACCUCUCGAGGUCUUUAGGCGAUUUGUAUGGAACUUUUUCCGUUUGGAGAACGAACAUUUGAAUAAUUGCGGUAAAUUUCGUGCCGUACGUGAUAUCUCGAUAGCACCUAUAGAAAGCUCCGAUCAGACACAGAUUUUACGUAUGAUGGACGAUGAGAACGGUGUACUUAAUAGGGGUAAACGUAAAGGCGGCGGUAAAAAGCAGAACAAUACGAAAGAGGAGAAACGAGCGCUGCUUAAAGAAGAAACUAUAGAUAUCGAUAUAUCAAAUGCCAGUUGAAUAGUUUAAGAUUUUUGUACAAUUGUUAUCUUUAAUUUUCUCCAAUAUGGAAAGCCUCCGAACUUUUGGUACUUAGCGAAAAUGACUUGCAUGAUUUUGUAAAUGACAUAUCGAUUUUGCUAGAAGAUAGAUGAUUACAUGUUUUCCAGCAGAUUGUAAAAUUGUAAUUAUUAUAGUGCCUUUCACGCUUCUCUCGUAUAAGAUACUUUACGAUAAAUUGUAACAAUUCAAGAUGUAGCCUGCACCAAAAGUCUUCCAUCACAAAGACGAACAAUUAUAGCUUAAGUAAACAAUUUCACGAAUUUUAUAGCUUUUAGAUACAGGCAUAUAUAUCUAUGAAGAUGUAAUACGUGUCAUACGAAGCAUGUGCUUUUGCAUGCGAACUGUACGAAUUGUUGAGUAAGGUCAUUUUGCCUGCCAUUUUAGAUGCCAUUAUACACUAUAAUUUUAUUAGCCGUGUUGUUACCAACAUUUUUUCUACAAAUGCCAUUUUUUAAUAAUAGGUAAUCGAUGCCACGAGUAAAUACUUAUACGAAUAUUGAAAGUAGAGAGAAAGGAAGUAUUGAUACAAAGUAGUCUGAUGUUAAACUACGCUCAUACAUAAGUGAUACUAAAUAUGUAUUAAUACUAAAGAGGCUGUUAUAAUGUGCUUUUUUAUAUAUAUUGAACAUACUUAUUGUACUUAUAUCAUGUAGUUACAUCGGCCUAUAUAUGUAGUUAUGUAAAUUAUUUUCCAGUAGUAAGCCAAAGUAGAGUACCAAACUUGUAAAUUCGAUAUUUAAUUUACUAAUACUCUGCAUUAUUUGGAUAGUAACAUUUCGUAUGUAAAAUAGUAUUACAAUUAUCCAAUUGUUUUAUAUAAAUGUGUUAUAAGUAUUCUAUCAUAAAAGUAUUCUAUCACAGUUGUUUGGAAUGUAAACGUUAAAUAUUUUUGUAUCUUAUAUACGGUAAUUUCUGACAUUCUUAUAAUGCUUAAGGUGCAAGUACAUGCAUUAUACUAUUGUGUAUGAUAAUUUCUUAAGCAAGACUAUGUACAUAAUUUUAAAUAUUGCAAUAUAUUGAUUAUACCUCA